AUGUCGUUCUCUGGACUUCGGAAGCAGUUCAAUAAGGCGAAUCAGUAUCUAUCGGAAACGAUGGGUGCUGCCGAAGCCACGAAACUUGACGAUCAGUACAAUGAGAUGGAGAAGCAUAUUGACACGACGUAUGAGUUGAUCAGUGCUCUUAUCGCAGGGACAAAUGAAUAUCUGCAACCUAAUCCAGCGACCCGAGCUAAGAUGGCAACGAUGGGCGCCAUCUCCAAAGUUCGUGGCACUGUAAAAACAGCUCCGUACCCGCAAACUGAAGGAAUGUUGGCUGAUACAAUGUACAAGUAUGGCAGUGCUCUCGGU